AUUUUUUAAAGGGAGAUCCAGGAAGGCCUCUUUGAGGAAGUGAUAUUUGAGGAAAGAUCUGGAAGGAGGUGAGGGAUGUGAGAAAGGGUGCUAGAGGCAAAAGCAACAACCUGCAUGAAGGCCCUGAGGCAGGGUGUCAGGGGCUCAGCAGGCACAGUCACGUGUGUCUCUGAGGGACUCCACCAUCCUGGUGUGUUAUGGGGACAGUGAAAAGGCCCGUGUUACUGGAGCAGAGUGAGGAGGAGGAGGAGGGGAAGGUGGGGACAGGACGAGGCAGGUUAUGCAGGGUCUAGUGGGCUGUAGGGAGGGGGGACUUGGGCUUUGACCCCUGGCUCCCACCCCGGGGAAGGUGGGAGCCAUGGAGGGUGCUGGGCAGAGGAGGGGCAGAUCCUGGCUGGGAUGUUUAUGAUCACUUAUUUAUUUUUUCUCCCCACACACUGGGCUGUGGUCGCCCUUUGCGAAGGGGAGGGGCACCCAGAGCUCUCCCAGUCACCCUUGGGAAGCACUGGCUGGUAGGAGAGGUUGGGGGACACCCCCCCUUUUGUUCCCCCACUGUUUAGCAAACACACUGUCGGCUCCAAGGAGACAGACGGCCUGGGAAUCAUCAGAUCCUGUGGCUGGACCCUUCCUCCUCCCAGCCUAGUGCCCAGAGCCACCCAUGGGGUCUGCCCUCUCACCCCCAAUAACACAGGGCUAGGAACCCUGUCUCGGAGGCAGGUAGGAGGGGGACACAGCCCAGGGUGGGCGUCACAGCCAUUCCUCUGCCCACCCACCCACAGCCAGCCCAGCACAUAGGCUGGGCUCAGCACGAAGGUUCCGGGUCUGGGUUUGAAUCCCGUCCUCACCAGUUUUUUUUGGAACAGGACGCCUCCUCCAGGGAGCCUCCCUGGGUUGGCCCACGCCCCCCAGGUUGGGUUUUCACUCCUAGGGUGCCCCCAGCUUGGCUGGUGCUCCAUCUUGGUCUAAGUCCCUUCUGGAGAGUGACGGGCUCCCCUCCACACUGAGGACACCCUCUGCUCCUCGCAGAGACCCUGAGACCCUGCUUCUGCCUGGGUAACGCAAAGGUAGCAUUUGUUCAGUGCAUGACCUCAUCUCACAGAGGCUCACAAUCUCUCUCUGUGUUGUUCUACUGUGCCAAACGUGUAUUAAGCACCAAAUGUAUGCCAGGCACUGUUCUGUGGGAACCUGUGGGGAGGUGUUCCAGGCAGAGGGCACGGCCCGUGCAGAGGCCCUAAGGCACGACCGUGCCAGGUGUGCUAGAGGCACAGCGAGGAGGCCUGUGUGACUGGGGUGAAGCAAGUGAAGAAGGAAGCUGGACGCUACGGGACGUGGUGCAGAGUACGAGAGAGGAAACUGAGGCACAAAGAUGGUAACGAGUCAAGGCGUCCUGGCACAGUGAGGAUUUGAACUAUACCCAUCUUGUGGAUGGAACUGGAGGCAGGAUGGGCACACAGGCAGUCCCUCAGGGGGGUCCAGGAGGGGAGCCCAGCUGGCCUGUGAGCCACUCAGCCUGGUGCAAGCUGUGGGCAGGGAACAGGGGAAAGGUGCUGGGCCCGGGCCCACACUGGGUUGGGCAGGUGGUCACGUGACCGUCCAGGCCGCCUCCCCGGGGCCCAUUGGCCGCUUGCCCCUGCCGGCUGGGCCUGCGCCUGCCCUGGACCCUAUAAGGCCAGGGAGCCGAGGGCAGAGCCAGCUGCCAGCCGGGCCAGUCCGUCCUCAGGGGGACCCCCGCGCAGUCCAGGUGAACGGGGCCGCGUCUGCUUCAGUGACACCAGGGCAAGGCCAGGCCUGCAGCUUCUCACAUUCUCACUAUGUCUGCUCCGGACGAAGGGAGACGAGAUCCCCCCAAAUCCAAGGGCAAGACCCUGGGCAGCUUCUUUGGGUCCCUGCCUGGCUUCAGCUCUGCCCGGAACCUGGUGGCCAACGCACAUAGCUCGGCGAGAGCCCGGCCAGCCACUGACCCCGCAGGAGCGCCUGCCGCCGAGGCUGCCCGACCACAGGCUCAGGUCCCUGUCCCCACAGUGGCCGCCCACCCAGAGCAGACGGCCCCAUGGACGGAGAAGGAGUUGCAACCUUCGGAAAAGCAAAUGGUGUCCGGGGCCAAAGACCUGGUGUGUUCCAAGAUGUCCAGGGCCAAGGAUGCUGUCUCCUCCGGGAUGGCCAGCGUGGUGGAUGCGGCUAAGGGAGUGGUCCAGGGAGGCCUGGAUACCACUCGGUCUGCACUCACGGGCACCAAGGAGGUGGUGUCCAGCGGGGUCACGGGGGCUGUGGACAUGGCUAAGGGGGCUGUCCAAGGGGGUCUGGACACCUCGAAGGCUGUCCUCACCGGCACCAAGGACACGGUGUCCACUGGGCUCACGGGGGCAGUGAAUGUGGCCAAAGGGACCGUACAGGCCGGCGUGGACACCACCAAGACUGUGCUGACCGGCACCAAAGACACAGUGACUACUGGGGUCAUGGGGGCAGUGAACUUGGCCAAAGGGACUGUCCAGACCGGCGUGGACACCUCCAAGGCUGUGCUGACUGGCACUAAAGAUGCUGUGUCCACUGGGCUCACGGGGGCAGUGAAUGUGGCCAGAGGAACCAUUCAGACCGGUGUGGACACUAGUAAGGCUGUCCUAACAGGUACCAAGGACACCGUCUGUAGUGGGGUGACCGGUGCCAUGAACGUGGCCAAAGGAACCAUCCAGACCGGCGUGGACACCACCAAGACUGUCCUAACUGGUACCAAGGACACCGUCUGCAGUGGGGUGACCGGUGCCAUGAACUUGGCCAAAGGGGCCGUCCAGGGGGGCCUGGACACCACUAAGUCUGUGGUCAUGGGUACAAAAGACACAGUGUCCACUGGGUUCAUGGGGGCAGCGAACGUGGCCAAGGGGGCCGUGCAAACUGGGCUGAACACAACCCAAAAUAUCGCAGCAGGUACAAAGGACACCAUCUGUAGUGGGGUAACUGGUGCCAUGAACUUGGCCAGAGGAACCAUCCAGACAGGCAUGGACACCACCAAGACGGUCCUAACAGGUACCAAGGACACCGUCUGCGGUGGGGUGACCGGUGCCGUGAAUGUGGCCAAAGGGGCCGUCCAGGGGGGCCUGGACACCACCAAGUCUGUCCUGACUGGCACUAAAGACGCUGUGUCCACCGGGCUCAUGGGGACAGCAAACGUGGCCAAGGGAGCCGUCCAGACGGGUGUAGACACAGCCAAGACCGUGCUGACCGGCACCAAGGACACAGUGACUACUGGGCUCAUGGGGGCAGUGAAUGUCGCCAAAGGGACCGUCCAGACCGGCGUGGACACCACUAAGACCGUGCUGACCGGCACCAAGAAUACAGUCUGCAGUGGGGUCACCGGUGCCGCGAAUGUGGCCAAAGGGGCCGUCCAGGGGGGCCUGGACACCACCAAGUCUGUCCUGACUGGCACUAAAGACGCUGUGUCCACUGGGCUCGACUGUCCAGACCGGGGCCGUCCAGGGGGGCCUGGACACCACCAAGUCUGUGUUAACCGGUACCAAGGACACCGUCUGCAGUGGGGUCACUGGUGCCGUGAGAACGUGGCCAAAGGGGCCGUCCAGGGGGGCCUGGACACCACCAAGUCUGUGGUCAUGGGUACGAAAGACACAGUGUCCACCGGGCUCACGGGGGCAGCGAACGUGGCCAAGGGGGCUGUCCAGACGGGUGUAGACACAGCCAAGACCGUGCUGACUGGCACCAAGGACACAGUGACUACCGGGCUCAUGGGAGCAGUGAAUGUUGCCAAAGGGACCGUCCAGACUGGCAUGGACACCACCAAGACUGUCCUAACCGGCACCAAGGACACUGUCUGCGGUGGGGUGACUGGUGCCGCGAAUGUGGCCAAAGGGGCCGUCCAGGGGGGCUUGGACACCACCAAGUCUGUCCUGACUGGCACUAAAGCCGCUGUGUCCACUGGGCUCACAGGCGCUGUAAACUUGGCCAAAGGGACUGUCCAGACCGGCAUGGACACCACCAAGACUGUCCUAACCGGUACCAAGGACACCGUCUGCAGUGGGGUGACCGGUGCCGUGAAUGUGGCCAAAGGGGCCGUCCAGACUGGCGUGGACACCACCAAGUCUGUCCUGACCGGUACCAAGGACACCGUCUGCGGUGGGGUGACCGGUGCCGUGAACGUGGCCAAGGGGGCUGUGCAAACUGGACUGAAAACGACCCAAAAUAUCGCUACAGGUACAAAGAACACCCUUGGCAGUGGGGUGACCGGUGCCGUGAAUGUGGCGAAAGGGGCCGUCCAGACAGGUGUAGACACAGCCAAGACCGUGCUGACCGGCACUAAGGACACAGUGACUACCGGGCUCAUGGGGGCAGUGAAUGUCGCCAAAGGGACCGUCCAGACUGGCAUGGACACCACCAAGACUGUCCUAACCGGCACCAAGGACACCGUCUGCGGUGGGGUGACCGGUGCCGCGAAUGUGGCCAAAGCGGCCGUCCAGGGGGGCCUGGACACCACCAAGUCUGUCCUGACUGGCACAAAAGACGCUGUGUCCACUGGGCUCACAGGGGCUGCAAACUUGGCCAAAGGGACUGUCCAGACCGGUGUGGACACCACCAAGACUGUCCUAACUGGUACCAAGGACACCGUCUGUAGUGGGGUGACCGGUGCCGUGAAUGUGGCCAAAGGGGCCGUCCAGGGGGGCCUGGACACCACUAAGUCUGUGGUCAUGGGUACAAAAGACACAGUGUCCACCGGGUUCAUGGGGGCAGUGAAUGUCGCCAAAGGGACCGUCCAGACCGGGGUGGACACCACCAAGACCGUGCUGACCGGCACUAAGAAUACAGUCUGCAGUGGGGUGACCAGUGCCGCGAAUGUGGCCAAAGGGGCCGUCCAGGGGGGCCUGGACACCACCAAUGUGGCCAAAGGGGCCGUCCAGGGGGGCCUGGACACCACCAAGUCUGUCCUGACUGGCACUAAAGACGCUGUGUCCACUGGGCUCACAGGCGCUGUGAACUUGGCCAAGGGGACUGUCCAGACCGGUGUGGACACCACCAAGACUGUCCUAACCAGUACCAAGGACACCGUCUGCAGUGGAGUCACUGGUGCUGUGAAUGUGGCCAAAGGGACCGUUCAGACAGGUGUGGACACAGCCAAGACGGUGCUGAGUGGCACUAAGGACACAGUGACUACUGGAGUCAUGGGGGCAGUGAAUGUCGCCAAAGGAACCAUGCAGACUGGCGUGGAUACCUCCAAGGCUGUGCUAACGGGUACCAAGGACACCGUCUGCAGUGGGGUGACCGGUGCCAUGAGCAUGGCCAAAGGGGCCGUCCAGGGGGGCCUGGACACCACCAAGGCAGUGCUGACCGGAACCAAAGAUGCAGCGUCUGCUGGGCUCAUGGGGUCAGGGAACGUGGCAACACUGAGCCGGAAAAUGUCGCCCCCAGUCCCUCCAACUCAUUCUGCAGCCAUCGCCAAGCGGUGGGGCUUCUUCGGGGGGCUGCUGUGCCUCCCAGACAGGCUCCGGGGCUACUUGCCCGAUGAGCAUCUCUGGACCUGGAGAACCCGCGAAACGGCGGCCCCCUUCCUCGCGGUGGCCUCAGGGCAGUUCUGCUCCACCUUGUUCUGUGGUCCCGUGGCUUGCCAGUGCGUCCACCCCAGGGGCCUUCACUUAACUUUUAUAAAGCCCAAGCCCCAAUGCUCUGAGGGGCUUCUGGGACUGAGCAGUGCACCUUCCUUUUCAGCUCAGCUGGCUGCCUCCCAGCCCGGGCCGAAGGUGCUGUCGGCGGAGCAGGGGAGCUACUUCAUUCGUUUAGGUGACCUGGGUCCCAGCUUCCGUCAGCGGGCAUUUGAACACGCGGUGAGCCACCUGCAGCACGGCCAGUUCCAAGCCAGAGACACUCUGGCCCAGCUCCAGGAUUGCUUAAAGCUGAUUGAAGAGGCCCAGCAGGCUCCAGAGGGGCAGCCGUGUCUGGACCAGGGCUCAGGUGCCCGUGUGGAGGAUGCUGCUGUCCAGGAGGAGCGGGACGCCAGGGCUCUGUCCAGGGUCUGCAGCCUUCUCCAGCAGCUGCACACAGCCUACAGUGGCCUGGCCUCCAGCCUCCAGGGCCUGCCCGCCGAGCUCCAGCAGCCGGUGAAGCGGGCGCGGCGCAGCCUCUGUGAGCUCUAUGGCCUCGUGGCCUCGGCCGGCUCUGUAGAGGCGCUGCCCGCAGAGCAGCUGGUGCAGUGCCACGAGGGUGUGCACCAGGCGUGGCAGGGGCUAGAGCAGCUGCUGGAGGGCCUACAGCACAACCCCCCGCUCAGCUGGCUGGUAGGGCCCUUCGCCUUGCCCCCCGGCGGGCAGCAGCUGUAGGAGCCUGCAGGCCCAGGGCAGGGUCGCCCUGCUCUGCCCACGGAGGAGCUGCCUCAGAACCUUCUCUCCAGCCCCAAACCUGGAUCGGUUUCCUAAAGCCCUAGACCUUUGGGGUUGCAGCUGGCGGAGCACUGAGGGGCUGCGGAGGCAGUGACCUUCUGAGCGGAGCCACCCCACGCCCUGCUCCGGGCCUGCCUGCACCUCCCACCUCCUCCCCAGCACUGCUUGCCCCUCUCGGAGCCUGGGGUCACUCAGACCGCCAGCCAGGAGCCUUCCCUUGAAGACCCUGAGCGAGUACUGCAAUUAGGAAAGAGAAAAAGCAGCAUGCCCAGUCUGGAAGGGCAUCCAUUUGCCUUGAUAGCAACCCUUUUAUAUCUAGCGGGGCUCUUCCAGUCCUGCAACACAGGCCCCCAGCUACCAGCGGUGCAGGCAGUGCUGUGGCAUCCCAGGCUCCAGGCAGCUCCGUCCUUGUGCUGAAAGCGGGUCUCUGGCCUUAGCACACCUUGAGGGUCUUAAGAACCACAUUCUCUCAUACUAGAAGGUACUAGAAAAUGUGAAACUUGGCACACCUGUAAUCCCAGCACUUUGGGAGGCCGAGGUGAGCGGAUCACGAGGUCAGGAGAUCGAGACCAUCCUGGC